ACCGCGCAGCACGGGGAUCGGCGAUGCGCGGUGUCCCUCGGACACAGUGGAUCACCGAUCCACGGAAAGAGCCAAAGAUGUCGGCUCGGUCAUGUGAUCAGCUGUGUCCAAUCACAGCUGAUCACAUGGGACAUGUACACAGAUCAUCAGAGCUCUGAUGAUCAGUGUGCCCUGAUGAUCUGUGUAGCCCCAGCAGCACCACCUGUCAGUGUCCAUCAGUGCCAGCUCUCAGUGCUCAUCCAUGCCACAUUUCAGUGCCCAUCUGAGCUGCCUUUCAGUGUCACCCAUCAGUGCCAAUCAGUGCCUCUUAUCAAUGCCAGUCAGUGCCCGUCAGUGCUGCCUAUCAGU